GCUAGCUAAACAGUUUAAGCCUUUUAGCCAAUGGUUAUGGAGUGACAACAUAUAGUUUUGACUUUUUUGCAGUUGCUCAUUAUAUGAGGACCGUAUUUGAGAAAUAUAUAACUAUUACAAUAGGGUCGUCAUUGUACCCCGGUUUCCUGCCUGAAUCACAUGAUUGGAAUACAGUGUCGUAGUCGCUUCGACUGAUGAAAGAUCCUGCUUAGCUAUCAUAAAGACAGGGCUCCGCUUCAGCUCUCGAGCCAUAAAAUCCUGAAAGACAGAGAGCUCUCUAUCUCUUUAUCCAUAUCUGUUCCCCUUUCUCUCUCUCUCUCUUGCUUUCCUCCUUGUUUCUCUGUCUGUCUGUGACAGUGAGUCAGUCCAGGCUCUCAGGAUUGGCUUUUCCUAUGACUGUUUCUAGAGUGCUGGAGAGAAACAAGACACUAUGACCUGCUAGCAACACACUACGCAGGAUGGACAGGCAAUAGCAAAGGGUUAUUUAAGAGGUGCUGUGUCAUUUCGUUAUGAUAAGCUGCUGUGUAGAAGAUGUCCACCCUUUCUGCGACUGAUAUCAAUGAUGUUAGUCAUGGGGAGAUUAAGGUGUUUGAUGGAGCUCUAGACCAUGGUCUCGCUGCUGAGGAGAGCUCUGUUGUGGAUGUGAAACAUGAAAUCCCAUCAUCCCUCAGUCAGCCGGCUCCAUUCAGAAUCUCACAGAGUGAUUUAAAUGACUCACUGCCAAUGGAACCCAGUGACAUCAAACUGGACACUGUGGGGGAAAACCCAACACCCAAUACAGAGGGUCAACCGGUGAAGAGAAAGAAAGGCCCUGCUCCUAAGAUGCUGGGUAAUGAAGUGUGUAGUGUCUGUGGGGACAAGGCCUCAGGUUUCCACUACAAUGUACUGAGCUGCGAGGGUUGCAAAGGCUUCUUCCGUCGCAGCGUUAUCAAGGGCGCGCAGUACACCUGCAAGAACAGCGGCCGCUGCGAGAUGGACAUGUACAUGCGUCGCAAGUGUCAGCAAUGUCGACUGCGCAAAUGCAGGGAGGCAGGCAUGCUCGAACAAUGCGUGCUGUCCGAGGAGCAGAUCCGACUGAAAAAGAUGAAAAAACAGCACGAGGAGGAGACCGCCCGUAACUCUGCGGUGGCCACGCCGAGCCCGGCUCCCGAGGUGCCGCCGCUGGCUCCCGAACAGCAGGAAAUGAUUGAGAAGUUGGUUGCCAUGCAGAAACAGUGCAACAAACGCUCCUUCAUUGACCGACUCAAAGUCACUCCAUGGCCUCAGAGUCAGGACGCGCUGAACAGAGAGGUGAGGCAGCAGCGUUUUGCUCAUUUCACUGAACUGGCCAUCAUGUCAGUGCAAGAGAUUGUGGAUUUCGCCAAACAGCUGCCGGGGUUCCUGGAGCUCACCCGCGAAGACCAGAUUGCCUUACUCAAAACGUCCACCAUCGAGAUCAUGCUGCUGGAGAGCUCACGGCGUUACAACCCUGCUAUAGAGAGCAUCACUUUCCUCAAAGACUUCAGCUACAAUAAAGAGGACUUUGCCAAAGCAGGGCUGCAAUUCGAGUUCAUCAACCCCAUCUUUGAGUUUUCCAAGGGCAUGAAUGACCUGCAGUUGGACGAAGCAGAGUAUGCACUGCUCAUUGCCAUCAACAUCUUUUCUGCGGACCGGCCAAACGUGCAGGACCAUGACUUAGUGGAGAGGCUGCAGCAGCCGUAUGUGGACGCGCUCCAUUCCUACAUAAGAAUAAAAAGACCAAACGACCACCUGAUGUUCCCUCGCAUGCUGAUGAAGUUAGUGAGUCUCCGGACUCUAAGCAGCGUCCAUUCUGAGCAGGUCUUCGCCCUACGCCUCCAGGACAAGAAACUGCCGCCGCUGCUUUCCGAAAUUUGGGACGUGCAUGAAUGACCCUUGCCAGCCCCUCUCUUUUCGGUGGACAGAAAGAGACACGGCGGCCGGGGGUGACUCUGGGCUUCUGAGGACAGUAAUGUGGCAGGGGCAUUUCCUAAUGCUGUCUCUCAGGCAGAGACUCUCUUCUCUUGUCAACACAACCCUUUGGAAGUGUGGUUGUUCAUCUUCCUCUUCAAUGCAUUUGUAUUUUUCCUUUGCAGGAUACUGCAAGUUUAAUGCCCUGUGACGUAUAUAUGAACUGUAACCCGUUAGUGCUUUGGGACUGCUCCGAUCCACUAUCAGGGUUUACCGCAGCAGUCAGGCUUGUGUUUCCAAGGUUGCAACUCUGGGACUUGCGUGCAGAUGGAUGGUGUUUGGCAAUUCAUUUUCUCUGUUGUUUUUACUUGAUUACCAAAAGCUUUGAGCAGGUCUUGGCAAUGGUGUUUUUUGCUCAUUCCUUCACAGUAACUCUGGUUGGAUAGCCCCUGUCAAAGGGCUGCCUGAUUGGUGCAGUAACACCAUGAAGGAACGCUCAACCCCAGCUGUGAGAGCCUGUUCAUUUUCAAGUGCUCUCCUGUACUCAGACCCCCUAUGCUUUCAUUAGCUCACUGAUAAAUUACACUUGCACAGUAAGCAGGCAGAAAUAUUUUUAGGCCCAUGCAUAAUACAGUACUGAUUUUUACUCUGGUAACGUAGUGGCAAGGUUUCCGUAAAUGUGACAAAGCUCAAGUCAGUACCUCACAAACAGAAGCCCAGUGGUUCACACGCAGGGAUUGGCGAUAUUGACGGAACUGUCGUCAACGUAAACAACGUGCUGCUCAAUUUACAAGAUCUCCUAUAGUACUGUUUGGCGUGACACCUCACAUUUAUGAGACCUGUUCAGAAAUAAGUGUCAUUACACCAGAGAUUAUCCCAUUAUCCCUCACUUUUCCUUAGUCAUUUACCUUUUGGUUGAUCACCCCCCC